AGGCUCCAGCACAAGAGAAUCACAAGCGCUGCCCACUCAUAGGAUCCCUACUCUCUCAAUCCAGCUCUCUCGCGCUCUCUCACUCAACCCUCUCUUUUGGAAACACUUUAAUUUGCUCUGUUUUCUCUGGAAGUUUAACUCUCUCUCUCACACACACACAUACAUAUACGAGCGGACACACAUCUUUGGACGCACAUACUUGCUCCUUGCUGUCUCCUCGUCCAUCGACGUAGACGCAUCAAGCAAGCCAGGGUCAGACGCCUGAGUGAGCCGAGCUGAACCCAGCUAAACCAAGCCUAAACCAAGACCAGUUGAGUCGAGUCGAGUCGCUAUGGAUAUCGCCAUCCAGCAUCCCUGGUUCAGACGGGCCAUGACCUCCUUCUACCCUACCCGCCUCUUUGACCAGUUCUUCGGGGAGGGCAUGUUUGACUAUGACCUCCUCCCUUACGCCGCCUCCACCAUCAGCCCCUUCUACCGCCAGUCACUCUUCCGCAACUUUGGCGAUUAUGCGAACUCAGGCAUCUCUGAGGUGAGAUCUGAAAGGGACAGGUUCUCUAUCUACCUGGAUGUAAAGCACUUCUGCCCUGAAGAGCUAAAUGUGAAGGUGUGCGAUGACUACGUGGAAAUCUGUGGCAAACACGGAGAGAGACAGGACGACCAUGGCUACAUCUCACGCGAGUUCCACCGCCGUUACCGCCUGCCCUCCAACUUGGACCAAUCCGCCAUCACCUGCACACUGUCUGCCGAUGGCAUGCUGACCCUCUGUGGCCCCAAGACCGGGGGCUCUGAUGGCACGCGCUCCGACCGCAGCAUCCCCGUCAUUCGCGAGGAAAAGAGCAACGCCGCGCCCUCCUCUUAGACGGGCACCACAGCAGGGGUAGGGGGAGGGGGAGGGGGGGUGGUGUCAGGCACCUGAAGGGGUUUGGGGGUGAUGCCUGGCCUUCUGGAACAGGAGAGGGGUGAGUUGAGCGGUGGCUGGGGACAGGCAGAUUUGGUGAGGAGUCCUUUUGUCACGUUUCAAAAGUAACCAGUGGACGAGGGUCAUGCUAAACCCCUCGUCCUUUACCCCAAGUCCUAUCCUUCCACCUCCUACUUCCACCCCUGUAGCCUCCCCCUUACCCUCUCACCCCACUCCUCCAGGAAGAUAUCAGUGUACAUCUAGCCUAAUAUUCUCUCUCCUUUCCACUAGACCAUGUGCUAUAAUCACAAACAUUAAUAUUAUUGUCUUACACUACUUCUGAGGAUGGAUGAAAAAGAGGGGGCUAAUGUGGGCCUGGUGGUCUGGACAUGACUGGAUUGGUUAGUUUGCCCUAACUCAAGUCAUCCCACAUCCCAGGCCGACUUUAAGGUGUCUUCAGAAAGCCUCACCUGCUUUCCAGCAGAAAUUUGACCAGGUCCGUUGACAUCUCAAGGACCCAGUUUAUGUGAGGUAAAAUAGAGGUGUUCGGGGUCAUAUCUUGCAGAGGACUAAGGGGAAUGGGGUGUUGUUAUUGGCGGUUAGAGGGAUCAUUCAGUUUUCCAAUUUCAGGAGAUUUUCAGUCACUGGUAGCAUCCACCCAUCCAGGCUUUUUCUCCACUACUUUGUCUUGACUUUUAUGAUCCCUUCUCUUGUGUCAGAAAGAAAGCUUUCCUGUCCUGUAGCAUUAGCCCUGUUGCCCUGCUGAUAUCUGAAAUCACCUGAGAGGUAUACACUAAAAAGUCAGUACAAUAAAGUUGUUUCAUUAACCCAGAAA